UCAAGAUAGGUCGCAAUCGAUCUGCAUAUUUAAACCAAAUGAGACAUUACAUGUUUAUAAUGAGAACGUUCGCUUUGUUACCGUAUACUAAGAAAGGAAAAACCAUGCGAUUUCAGCUGUUAUCGUUGGUUUCAAUGUACACCUGCAUUGUGUAUUUCUAUUUUGGGUUUACAAUAAUAAAGAAUUUUUUAGAAAAUGUUCUAAUAUUAAUGACAAAAAAUGAAGACAUAACACUUCGUGACUUCUUAGACAAAUUCAUGGGCUUACCUCUGAAACUGUGCAUAUUCAUCAUACCGUUGUUUUGGAUCGACAUGUAUGGCAUUAUAAAUUAUUGGCACCAGUGGGAUUCGUUUCAGGGUAAAUACGAAUCGUGUACCGGAAAAGAAUUGACGUUUCAGAAUGCAACCACCAGAAUACGAUUAUUGAUAACGAUACCGAUUAUGUUAAUUUCCUUGAAUAUAUUUUUAGUAUGCAAGCGCAUGCAUUGGAAAUGCAAACCAAUCAGUGCACUUAAUUAUAUUUAUAUAUAUGUCGCUAUUAGUCUGAUUACUGGAUAUUACCACGCAAACUCUUACAUGUUCCAAGUGACCGCACGAGAUAUUAAUCAACGAAUUCUGAAAGUAUUGGUCAAGUCUAAAAGUUCAACGAUAACAUUUAGAGACCACGUCGAGCUAUGGUGUCAUCUGUCGCAAUUAAUCAAAGAUUUUGGAAAUGCACAUAGCAGUAUAUAUUGCUCUACAGCCUUGAUCAUGUAUAUUGCUUGUGCCAUGUCGGUGUUUAUGUUUUUAGUGUGUUUCUUAGUAGCCGUCGACAAGUCUUCAAAUAUGUUAUAUCCCAUUUUGUUUACUAAUGCCAUCGUGCUAAUGUUCUGCGAAGGAGCAUAUAUGAUACUCAAAGAGAUGGGAUCAGAUUUACAAUGGAAAAUAUUGAACAUCAAUGUAAGCGGCCUAAAUGAAUCGAUGAAGCAUGAGGUUCAAGACUUCAUAGAAAUUAUACAACUUAGUCGGACAUCUAUGAAUUUUGGUGGUUUCUGUGAGAUUAAUAGAAAUCUUUACGGAAAAUUCAUACUCGGAAUAGCGUUCAACGUAGUAAUUUUGAUUCAGUUUCAAUUAAUACCAACGAGUUCCUAGUAGGAAACUUUACUCAAGUUAUUUGUUUUAUUUUCAUUUGACCAAUUAAACUACUCAUAACAAAUAUUGUUCGUCAAUCAGUAUCAAUGGCUUGCACUAUACAUUAUACAUACUAAAUCAUUUAUUAUGUUAGAGUUAAUA